GCUGCGCGGAUUGUGAGAAGAAAACCAUUUCCUCUGAUCUCUUCCGCCUUCCCCUUUCCAAACAGCAACCAUGAUUAUUCCUGAUAAGAAUCGUAAGGCCAUCUCCAAGUACCUCUUUCAAGAGGGAGUUUGCUUUGCCAAGAAGGACUACAAUUUGGCAAAGCAUCCGGAGAUCGAUGUGCCGAACUUGCAGGUGAUUAAGCUGAUGCAAAGCUUUAAAUCAAAGGAAUAUGUACGUGAGACAUUUGCGUGGAUGCACUAUUACUGGUAUCUCACGAACGAUGGGAUCGAGUUCCUCAGGACUUACUUGAAUCUUCCUUCCGACAUUGUGCCUGCUACUCUCAAGAAGUCAGCUAAGCCACUUGGACGUCCCAUGGGUGGCCCUCCAGGAGACCGUCCUCGUGGCCCGCCAAGAUUUGAAGGAGACAGGCCGAGAUUUGGUGAUAGGGAUGGAUACCGUGGUGGACCUAGAGGGCCUCCUGGUGAAUUUGGUGGUGAAAAGGGUGGAGCUCCGGCGGAUUACCAGCCUGCUUUUAACAGGGGUCCUGGUGGAAGGCCGAGCUUUGGUCGUGGAGGUGGCAGUUAUGGAGGAGGCGCACCACCAAGCUCAAGUUUCGCUUAAACAUUUCAUAUUCUUAGGGUGUUUGCAGUUGAAUUUUAAACUUGAUCUUGGUUUGCUGAAAUGCUGUGCUUUUCUUUCACUUGUUAUAUGAUCUACAAUUUUGUUGAUUUGAUUGGUUCUCUUUGUCCAUGAUAAUUCCAAAUUUAGAAUAUUGCAAGGCGGUUUUUCAAAAA